CACGACACUUCCCAAUCUCUCUCUCUCUCUCAAUCUCUACCCUAAACCUUCAAUCUUUGUCGCCUGUCGUGCGGCUCCAAAACUUCUCCCUCCUCUCUCUCCUUCCUCUUCCCUAAUUUUUUUGAUACCCUCGCGAUCAUUCUCCGCCAGUGUUCUCCCCCUCCGUCCUCGUCCAUCUCGUUUUCCGAACAACCCCACACUACAUUGCACCAUCGCAGAUACAUACCCACGAAGCAUUCCGCGCUCCAAAACCUUACCCCUCUCACAAACUUAUCGCCUCAGGGUCCUCUUAGCCCCAGGACAUCAUGGGUCAGACUCUUUCGGAGCCGGUGGUCGAAAAGAAAUCAGAGAAUGGCGCCAGCGACUCCCUCAUCUUUGGCGUGUCCUCGAUGCAGGGCUGGCGAAUCAGCAUGGAGGACGCCCACGCAGCUGUCCUGAAAUACCACGCUAACGGCGAGGAUGAGAAGUCGAUUCCCGAAGACAAGCGAUUAAGUUUCUUUGGUGUUUACGAUGGUCACGGAGGUGAUAAAGUUGCUAUAUACACUGGAGACCAUUUGCACGAAAUCGUGGCAAAGCAGGAGGCAUUCAAGGAGAGAGACAUAAAAAAGGCUCUGCAGGAUGGGUUUCUCGCCACCGAUAGAGCAAUCCUGAGCGACCCUAAAUACGAAGAGGAAGUCUCGGGCUGCACUGCGUCAGUUGGUGUUAUUUCCAAGGACAAAAUCUGGGUGGCAAACGCUGGAGAUUCCCGAACUGUCCUGGGCAUCAAGGGACGGGCUAAGCCACUGUCCUACGACCACAAGCCCCAGAAUGAAGCUGAGAAGGCGCGUAUCCAAGCCGCCGGAGGUUUCGUGGAUUUCGGCCGCGUUAACGGCAACCUUGCGCUAUCCCGCGCAAUAGGCGAUUUCGAGUUCAAAAAGAGCGCCGAGCUCCCCCCUGAGCAGCAAAUCGUCACGGCAUACCCGGAUGUCGAGAUACAUGAUAUCACUGAGGAUGAUGAAUUCGUCGUCCUUGCUUGUGAUGGAAUCUGGGAUUGCCAAUCAUCCCAAGCAGUCAUCGAGUUCGUAAGACGCGGUAUCGUGGCAAAGCAGGAUCUUGCGGCUAUUUGCGAGAACAUGAUGGACAACUGUUUGGCGUCAAACAGCGACACAGGUGGUGUUGGCUGUGACAAUAUGACCAUGGUUAUUGUCGGAUUGCUUCAGGGCCGCACGAAGGAGCAGUGGUACGAGGAUAUCGCUAAGAGGGUCGCAAAUGGGGAGGGUCCUUGCGCUCCGCCAGAGUAUGCCGAAUUCCGGGGUCCCGGAGUCCACCACAACAAUGAUGAUUCAGCUGAUGACAUCGAUAUGGAUCUCGACCAACGCUUCCGCCCCAACAACGGCAUGGGAGGCCGCAUCAUUCUACUUGGAGAUGGCACUGAAAUAUCGACCGAAGCGCCCGACAGUGAAAUGUUCGAUCAAGAUGAUGAAGACAAAGACUCGGAGCCAGAGAAGACUGACGCCAAAGACAAUUCCCGGACUGCACGCGAAGAGACCCCCGGCCCAAGCUCCAAAUCUAGCAACACUCAAGAAGCCACUGAAUCUCCCUCGUCCGUCAACACCGAAAAGUCCGAGACGCCGGCCAAGGACACAACUGUGCCAGAGAAGAUAGUACCUGGAUCUAGCGCGGAGGGAAAGAGCAACAAGUGAGUUGUCUGGUUGUUAAGCGCUCCCGUAUCGCUGGAUUGUUUUAGAGUGGAAUUCUUUUCUUGGACCAGGCUCGGGGUUUCUAAUUGUUCCACUACACGUCAUUUGUCAUGAUAGGGAAGAUA